UGAGUGACAGUGGGUGACAGCAGGUGACACGGCUGUGAUCCUGUCUGAAGUGACUCUGAGCGCUACACUGAUAAGAGGGAUCAGGUCCCACGGGGGCUUGCAAUCUAACACCGGCUCUGAGGAUGUGAAAUAUUGAUCAGCAGCAGUCUGCGGCAUGUCGCGCAGCUCGGGGGAGAGCAGGGGGCUCCCCCUCUACAGCCUCUACACAGCACCCCCUGCGCCGGACCCCAUGCUAUACUCCUCUGUGGCCCUCAGCGCAGACCCCCCCUUAAACAAUGGCUCUGGAUCCCCCGGCUCUCCCCAGGACCCCACGCUGCAGGUGAGCAGCCCGGCUGGGGGCACCAGGGACCUGCAAACUGACUACUCCCCCAAGUGCUUUUAUCGACACUAUCUGACCCGUACCAGUAUGCAGGGCGACGUCUACAACUUCCUGGAAAGACCCAGCGGCUGGCGGUGCUUCAUCUACCAUUUCAGUGUGUUCCUCCUUGUUCUCAUCUGCCUGAUAUUCAGCGUCCUGUCCACGAUAGAACAAUACUCUGAAUUUGCCACAGGAACUCUAUUCUGGAUGGAAAUCGUACUGGUGGUGUUUUUCGGUGCCGAAUAUCUCGUGCGGUUGUGGUCGGCCGGCUGCCGCAGCAAAUACGUGGGCUUCAAGGGGCGGAUCCGCUUUGCUCGGAAACCCAUCUCCAUCAUUGAUCUCAUUGUGGUCAUAGCGUCCAUUAUCGUGCUCAGCGUUGGCUCCAACGGACAGGUCUUCGCCACAUCCGCAAUUAGGGGGAUCCGAUUCCUGCAGAUUCUCCGCAUGUUGCACGUAGACCGGCAGGGAGGCACCUGGAGACUUCUGGGGUCUGUAGUGUUCAUCCAUCGCCAGGAGCUGAUCACCACUCUGUACAUCGGCUUCCUGGGCCUCAUCUUCUCCUCAUACUUUGUGUAUCUGGCUGAGAAAGAUGCAGUGGAUGAGGCGGGAAGGACUGGGUUUUCCAGCUACGCUGAUGCCCUCUGGUGGGGAGUGGUCACAGUGACGACCAUCGGAUACGGGGAUAAAGUCCCUCAAACGUGGAUUGGGAAAACCAUCGCGUCCUGCUUCUCCGUCUUCGCCAUCUCGUUCUUUGCGCUUCCAGCUGGAAUACUAGGGUCCGGUUUUGCUCUAAAGGUUCAGCAGAAGCAGCGGCAGAAACAUUUCAACAGGCAGAUCCCGGCCGCAGCGUCACUAAUCCAGACCCUCUGGAGGUGUUAUGCUGCUGAGAAGUCCUACAGCUCCACUGCCACCUGGAAAAUCUACCUGACCCCUCCAGAGCAGGGCAGUAAGACGGCCCCUACGCCAGCCAGCCCUGGAGCACGUAGACAGAACAGAAGAUGUAAAAGGAAGACCAAGUUUGUACACGAGGCCAUUGUCACCCCCACAAGUCCCACUCUGGCCCCACUGUGCCUCUCUCCGAUGCCCCGGGCCAGCCCCCCGGAGAGUGCUCUGUCUGUGCCUCACAUCACAUAUCAUCACACAGAGGGGGAGAAGAAAGACCUGAACUUCACAGGUCCGACAGGGAGGGCUCGGCCGGAGGACUCCCUUCCGGAUAUCUCCCGGACCAACAGCUACACUGACGACAUGGAUGCAAUGAGCGAGGAGAGCACCCUGCCUGCAGCGACCGACAUAUCACAGCUCACAGACGCUCACAGGACAGCAGUGAAGGUCACACGGCGCAUGCAGUACUUCGUCGCUCGCAGGAAAUUCCAGGUACCAUACACAACGAGCCCUGUUAUACUUAUAUCUCACACACUAUCUCAUUACUGCAGUGCUUCUCUUUACAGACUGGAUCAUUCUCUUGGCAAGCCCGGAGUCUUCCUGCCAGAGAAGGGAGUGGAUAAAGGAUACUACACAGUGGGUGCGAGACUCAUGCGUCUAGAGGAAAAGAUCACUCACAUGGAUCACAAGCUGGAUGAAAUUCUACGUGUCUUCCGAGCUCAUUUGGUGCCAGAAGAGGAUCAGCUGCUGCCCCCUGAGCCAGGGUCUCCUAUCCCCCACCGGCUGCACCCGUCUCACAGCUCUCCAACACCUAGCCGCAGAUUCUGACAGCCAACGCUCAGCAAUGCCCAUCUUCUGUAAUGAUUAAAGAGUCUGAAUCUGGUGCCACCUGAGCAGCGGCCAGGAGCUGCCCCAGAGCUACAUGUACUGCACUCCCCAGCUCCACGAGAGACAUUCUGUCAGAGGUGUCACAAUGCUGCGCCACAAGAGGUGCUCCUAGAGAGGGCCCCCCACAGAUCCACGAGCGACGUCCUGUGAGAGACCCACCCACAGAUCCAUGAGUGACGUCCUGUGGGAGACCCACCAACAGAUCCACGAGCGACGUCCUGUGAGAGACCCACCAACAGAUCCAUGAACGACAGUCUGUGAGAGACCCACCAACAGAUCCACGAGCGAUGUCCUGUGAGAGACCCACCCACAGAUCCACGAGCGACGUCCUGUGAGAGACCCACCCACAGAUCCAUGAGCGACAUCCUGUGAAAGACCCACUGACAGAUCCAUGAACGACGUCCUGUGAGAGACCCACCAACAGAUCCAUGAGUGACGUCCUGUGGGAGACCCACCAACAGAUCCAUGAACGACAUCCUGUGAGAGACCCACCCACAGAUCCAUGAGAAACAUCCUGUGAGAGACCCACCAACAGAUUCAUGAGCAACGUCCUGUGAGAGACCCACCAACAGAUAUAUGAGCGAUGUCCUGUGAGAGACCCACCAACAGAUCCACGAGUGACAUCCUGUGAGAGACCCACCCACAGAUCCAUGAGCAACGUCCUGUGAGAGACUCACCAACAGAUUCAUGAGCACCGUUCUGUGAGAGACCCACCAACAGAUAUAUGAGCGAUGUCCUGUGAGAGACCCACCAACAGAUCCACGAGUGACAUCCUGUGAGAGACCCACCCACAGAUCCAUGAACAACGUCCUGUGAGAGACUCACCAACAGAUCCAUGAGCAACGUUCUGUGAGAGACCCAUUCACAGAUCCAUGAGCAACGUCCUGUGAGAGACCCACCAACAGAUCCAUGAGCGAUGUACUGUGAGAGACUCACCAACAGAUCCAUGAGCGAUGUACUGUGAGAGACCCACUGACAGAUCCACGAGCGACAUCCUGUGAGACUCACCAAAAGAUCCAUGAGCGACAUCCUUUGAGAGACCCAACAGAUCCAUGAGUGACAUCCUAUGAGAGACCCACCCACAGAUCCAUGAGCGACGUCCUGUGAGAGACUCACCAACAGAUCCAUGAGCGAUGUACUGUGAGAGACCCAUCCGCAGAUCCAUGAGAGAUGUCACAGUGCUGCACAAGAAUCAGCCAUUGAAAGAACCCACCCACAGAUCCACAAGACAUGAAAUGAGAGACCUACUCCCAGAACUAUGAGUGAUGUCACAGUGGUCCAUUGAGAGGCUUCCAUUGAGAGACUAAUCCACAGAACCAUAGGAGAUGCCCUGUAAGAGGUGUUCCACACCUCCAACUUCUUUUGGAGCAUCGCCACCGAUGCUGACCCCAGGUUAUACUUCUACACUAGGAAGGUGAGCAGGUCCAGGAACCUGCAUAUCUUAUGUCACUUACCACCAGCAACAUGCGUGCACUCAACAUGACUGUCAUGUAACAUGUAAUGAAUAUGUACUCUGCACAUGAAAUAUAGAUUGGGUGUCACAACAUCUCAAUCCUCAUUAUCGGGAUAUAAAGCCCAUAUGCCUUACAUCCACCUCAGGUGACCCCCCACGCCCUCAGCCCCCAUUACGUGUACAUAUAUAGUACAGGACGUGCUGGUUCCCCACCAGGACACGCAAAGCACAUAUGGUUGACAGAGGUUAUGGGUCAGUAUCCCUACGUGUGAAACGACAGGUGUGACAGAAGUCUGCGUGUAAAGACACCUUCAAUAAUGAUUAAACUAUUAUGGAAACUGGUGUAUGCAGAUGUGUCUGAAAGUAA